UUCUGACUCCCUACUUUCAUGCAUGUCAGUCGACAUGCCGAAGUUUAUCAGGAUGGGUGCUCUAGCAUCGUGGUUACACUUAUCUAUUGUAAUAUUUGGACUAUUCGUAUGGUCUAGUCAAUGUCAGAAGUUAGACGCGUUUCAGGUUACUUUGGGCCAUAUAAGAUCACGAACCUCGCCGGAAAUUCAAACGAAAGCAGCGCAAGAUGUCGCGGAAAGAUUGCUGGGCAAGGAGAUAUCUAAAUUAUUUAUUAUGAUACUAGAUACCGAUUUGGGUCCCGUUGGCAAAGAUACUUUCAAGGUUAAUAAAAAUCCUCUGGGUGAAAUCGAAAUUCGUGGUACUUCCGGAGUGGCGAUUACGUGGGGUUUACAUUAUUAUUUGAAAACCUAUUGUAAUGUUCAUAUAUCAUGGGAGGGUGCACAGAUUACUCUGCCUAAAACAUUACCAGAAGUUCGAGUUAAAAUUACAUCUAAUGACAGAUUCAGAUAUUAUCAGAAUGUGUGCACUGUAGGUUAUAGCUCGACCUGGUGGCAGUGGGAGCAAUGGGAAAAAAAUAUUGACUGGAUGGCUCUUAAUGGGAUCAAUCUUGCCCUCGCUUUUACCGCGCAAGAAGCUAUCUGGCAAAGACUGUAUCGAGUUAAUCUCACGCAGGAAGAAAUCGAUGAGCACUUAGGAGGUCCUGCUUUCUUACCCUGGGCAAGGAUGGGCAAUAUUCGUGGUUUUGGCGGACCGUUAUCAACGAAUUGGCAUAAUCAGACCAUACAACUACAACAUCAAAUUCUUCGAAGAAUGAGGGAUCUCGGAAUCGUUCCAGUAUUACCAGCCUUCGCAGGUCAUGUACCACGAGCUUUCACCCGACUUUUUCCAAAUGCUAAUAUGACGAAGAUCGAUCCUUGGAACAAGUUCGAAGACAAAUAUUGUUGUCCUUAUUUGUUAGAACCGACAGAUCCGCUAUUUCGUAUAAUUGGAGAAAAGUUCUUACGAAUGUAUAUCGACGAAUUCGGUACCGAUCACAUUUAUAAUUGCGACACUUUUAACGAGAACGAACCCGGUAGCACUGAACUUAUCUAUUUGAGAAACGUCGGCCAAGCAAUUUUCUCGGCUAUGAACGCGGUUGAUUCUAAAGCGAUAUGGUUGAUGCAAGCUUGGCUGUUCGUACACGACUUCACAUUCUGGACAGAACCUAGAGCGAAAGCCUUUUUAACCUCAGUACCCACGGGACGAAUGUUGUUAUUAGAUUUGCAAUCGGAACAAUUCCCACAAUAUGGUCGAUUGAAAUCAUAUUAUGGUCAACCAUUUAUCUGGUGCAUGCUUCACAACUUUGGUGGCACCUUGGGAAUGUUCGGAUCCGCAGAAAUUAUUAAUCAACGCACGUUCGAGGGUAGGAAUAUGAAUGGCAGUACGAUGGUGGGAACCGGUCUGACACCCGAGGGCAUCAACCAGAACUACGUGAUUUACGAGUUGAUGAAUGAGAUGGCGUAUCGUCAUGAGCCGGUCGACCUUGAUGUUUGGUUCCAAAACUAUGCCACCCGAAGAUAUGGCGCAUGGAACGAAUACGCAGUGGCUACUUGGCAAUACCUUGGCAGGACAGUUUAUAAUUUUAGCGGCGAGCAAAGAAUCAGGGGACAUUACGUCAUUACCAAACGGCCAAGUUUAAAUAUUUCAUCAUGGAUCUGGUAUGAUCAAAAAGCUUUCUAUUCUAUGUGGAAUGUAUUCUUAAAAGCGAGAUAUGGUAGAGGAAACAAUACUCUCUACAGACAUGAUGUAGUUGAUAUAACUAGACAAGCUCUGCAACUAAUGGCCGAUGAUUUAUAUAAAGUUGUAUUAGAUUCGUAUAAAGAAAAGAAUAUCACUGCCUUUCAGUCAUCUGCAAGUGCUUUGUUGGAACUUUUCGAUGAUGUCGAGUCCAUUUUAGCGUCGGGAAAUAAUUUUCUACUGGGUACUUGGUUAUCUCGAGCGAAAGAUAUGGCUGUCAAUGAGGAGGAAAGGCGAUCCUACGAAUAUAAUGCGAGAAAUCAGAUCACUCUGUGGGGUCCAAACGGCGAGAUCAGAGACUAUGCAAAUAAACAAUGGUCGGGAGUGAUAGCAGAUUAUUUCAAGCCCAGAUGGGAGCUCUUCCUAAAUGGCCUCGAGAACUCGCUAGUCCAAAGAACAAAGCUCAACAUAACUGAGAUGAAUAAUAGGAUAUUUCACGAAGUCGAACAACCAUUCACUUUUUCCACAAAGCUUUAUCCAGUAGCGCCAAAAGGUGAUACUAUCGAUAUAGCAAUGAAAAUAAUUUCAAAAUGGUAUAAUAAUGAAAUACCACCAUCAAAUACGAAAAUAUACAGAAAGGGAAUUGCAUCAUACACAGAUCGAUUUUUUUAUUUAAGUACACGCAGAUAAAAAUACAUUUAUAUAUUUUGAAAAGAUAUAAUAAGCAAGAAUUAUCAAUAACUGUAAUAGAAUAAAAAUAUUAAAUAUGCAAGAAUGUAUCAUAACAAUAAUUUGCAUGUAAUUUAUACUACAGUUAAAUACAUACAUAAAUAUAUAAAUUGAUUAAAAACGUACACAUUAUUUACUUUAAUUGAUUCACAACAA